AUGCCUGAGGUGGAGGAAAUCAACCACAACCAUGUCUAUAUUUGUCUCACAACGAAUUUACCCUCUCUCCUCUCUACCUCUCCUCUCCCUCUCCAGGCUGAUUUGUACACCCGUAGACUGUCGGACUCCGACCUGUCAGCGGAGGAGGACCGCGAGGCGUAUCGGCGUGAAGCCGAGCGCCAGGCCCAGCUCCAGCUCGACAGAGCUACGUCUAAACUUAUAGCGUUUGCAGUGAAGACCAAUGUGAGUUACUAUGGAGCUCUAGAUGGUGACUGUCCUGUUGAAGGAGCUGCAAUCAACUACGAAGCCAAAGACUUCCUGAACAUUAAGAAGGUGAGGAACAACACUCCUCAAGAUGGAAGAACCCUCCUUUCUCCCAACUUCAUCUCACUACUCUUCCUCUACAUCACCUUCAUCCCCAGCCCUCUGCGCCUGGAAGCUAUAAGACACAAACACAUGCAGAAACAAAGGUGA